UUUGCUGAUGUGGAAAAGCCCCCGAGGAAGCGGCGCCCGCCUUUUCCCCUCCCGGGAACCGAGAAGAAGACGUGGAGGAGGGAGGAACUCGAGGGAGCCGAAGCCGAGAAAGGAGCCUCGGCUGCGGCCUCUGGUCCCCGAACCCUCGCCCGGAGCUGCUGAUGUCGGUGGGGCAGCGGGAAGAGGCGACGCUUCGGGGGUGUCUCUCCCCUCCUCGGAUCCCCUUUGGCUGCUUCGCCUCUGCUGGACCCGGAGAGGAUUUUGCUCGCUUUGGAAGCGGAACGCGGGAAAGGGCGGCCGGUGACUAAAAACAGGCUCGCCCGGAGAGUCUCGAGGAGAAGCGGACAGCUGUGACCGAAGGCGGCGGCGGCCUCUGAGGGAGUUUUACCUCAUCGGGGCUGCGCUGAAGCCGGAGACCGAAUGGAGUCUCCCCUUCAGGCGGGGAGCGGCGGCGGCGGCGGCGAGGAGUCCGGCGGGGGAAGCGGCGCCCCGAGCGGCCUCCCCGAAGGUCCCCGCAGCUCCGAGGCUGAGCGCUGGCGCUUCCGCAGCUGCGUCUCCCGGGAGGCCGAGGGGCCCCGGGCGCUUUGCAGCCGCCUGUACCGGCUGUACCAGGGGUGGCUGCGGCCCGAGCGGAGCAGCAAAACCGAGAUGCUGGACCUGGUGGUGCUGGAGCAGCUGCUGGCCCUGCUGCCCCCGGAGCUGUCGGGCUGGCUGAGGGAGUGCGGGGCGGAGAACUGCGCCCAAGCGGUGGCCCUGGCUGAAGGCUGCCUCCUCGGCCCCGCAGCCGCCCCGGAGCCCGGAAAGGGGCGGCAGUUGCAGGAGCCAUUUGUGGGUGAUAUCUUAGCAGAGCUUCAGGGAAGAGGGGAUCCAUCCAGUCCUUCUAAAGAGGUUGUUUUCUCAAGGAUCCAAGUAGAGCCAACUUGUCAGGACUCUGAUCCCUUUGAGGAUGUGGCUGUGGACUUUACAGAAGAAGAGUGGGCAAUGCUCGAUUCUGGCCAGAAGGCCUUGUGCAAGGAAGUCAUGGUGGAACUUUUCAGGAAUAUGGCUGCUCUUGGUGAUGGCCUGGUGAAUGAGAAAGAAAAACAGCUGAGGUUACUGACAUUGCAAAGAAAAGUGUCUGCAAAGAAUCAUUCCUUCCCUUUUACUUUAUCUAAAAUACUGAAUAGAAAAUACAAACUACAUACUUUUGCAAAAUAUGAGAGGGAUUUCCAUCUAAGCAAAAAGAUGAAACUAUGCAUUCAGUAUGGAAAGAGCUUCAGUACCAAAAGUAAUCAUUGCCAUUGGAGGAUCCACACAAAUGAGAGGUCAUAUAAAUGUCCAGAAUAUGGAAAAAGCUUUUGUCAGAAAACAGGGGUUAUUUGUCAUAGAAAGAUCCAUGCAGGAGAGAGACCAUAUAAAUGCAUGGACUAUGAAAAUAGGUUUAUUGCCAAUUGUCAGCUUACUUUCCAUCAAAGGAUACACACAGGGGGAAAAUUGUAUAAAUGCAUGGAGUGUGGAAAAAGCUUUCGUUGGAACUCAGAAUUUAUUCGUCAUAAGCGGAUCCACACUGGGGAGAGACCAUAUAAAUGCAUAGAGUGUGGAAAGCACUUUAUUCAGAAAAGACAUCUUAUUGUUCAUGAAAGGAUCCACACCGGGGAGAGACCAUACAACUGCAUGGACUGUGCAAAGCAGUUUACACAGAAAGGUCAUCUCAUAUAUCAUGAAAGAAUCCAUACAGGGGAGAAACCAUAUAAAUGCACAGAAUGUGAAAAAAGCUUUGCUCAAAGAGCACAACUUAAUGCCCAUAAAAGGAUCCACAUAGGGGAGAGACUAUUUAAAUGCUUGGAGUGUGGGAAAAGCUUUAAUUGGAGCAGGGGUCUAAUUCAUCAUAAAAGAACUCACACUGGAGAGAGACCAUAUAAAUGCACAGAGUGUGGAAAAAGCUUUGCUCAAGCAGCAUAUCUUAAUGCUCAUAAAAGGAUCCACACAGGGGAGAGACCUUAUAAAUGCCUGGAAUGUGGAAAGAGCUUUUUUGACAGCGGUGAUCUUACUCGACAUCAGAGGAUCCAUACAGCAAAGAAACCAUAUAAAUGCAUAGAGUGUGGAAAGAGCUUUAUUGACAAGUGUCGCCUUACUACCCACCAAAGAAUUCACACGGGGGAAAAACCGUAUAAAUGCAUGGAGUGUGGGAAAAGCUUUUGUCGAAACGUAGAAUUUAUUCAUCAUAAGAGGAUCCACACUGGGGAGAGACCAUAUAAAUGCAUGGAGUGUGGAAAAAGCUUUGCUUGGAAAGGGCAUCUUAAUACUCAUAAAAGGAUCCACACAGGGGAGAGACCAUAUAAAUGUUUAGAGUGUGGAAAGACUUUUGUUCGGAAAGGAUGUCUUACUGGUCAUGAAAGAAUUCACACAGGGGAGAAACCAUAUAAAUGCACAGUGUGUGGAAAGAUGUUUGCUAGGUCGGGACAUCUUUAUUCUCAUAAAAGGACCCACACAGGAGAAAGACCAUAUAAAUGCUUGGAGUGUGGAAAAAGCUUUAACUGGAGCAAAGAUCUUAUUCGUCAUGAAAGGAUCCACACUGGGGAGAGACCAUAUAAAUGUUUGGAGUGCGGAAAGACUUUUGCUCAGAAAGGAUGUCUUACUGGUCAUCAGAGGAUCCACACAGGAGAGAAACCAUAUAAGUGCACAGAGUGUGGAAAAAGCUUUGCUCAAACAGUACAACUUAAUGCUCAUAAAAGAAUGCACACGGGGGAGAGGCCAUACCAAUGCUUAGUAUGUGGGAAAAGCUUUAAUUGGAGUAGAGGUCUAAUACAUCACGAAAGGAUCCACACUGGGGAGAGACCAUAUAAAUGCAUGGAGUGUGGAAAAAGCUUUGCUCAAACAGCACAUCUUAAUUCUCAUAAAAGGAUCCACACAGGGGAGAGACCAUAUAAAUGCUUGGCGUGUGGAAAGAGUUUUGCUCGGAAAGGAUGUCUUACUGGUCAUGAAACAAUACACACAGGGGAUAAACCAUUUAAAUGCACAGUGUGUGGAAAAAGCUUCGCUCGGACAGGACUUCUUUAUUCUCACAGAAGGACCCACUCAGUAGAGAAACCUUAUAAAUGCUUUGAGUGUGGAAAAAGCUUUAACUGGAACAGAGAUCUUACUCGCCAUGAAAGAAUCCACACUGGAGAGAGACCAUACAAGUGCACGAAGUGUGGAAAGCAAUUCAGUCAGAAUAGUGCUCUUAUUAACCAUGAGAGAAUCCAUACAGGGGAGAGACCAUAUAACUGCACAGAGUGUGGAAGAAGGUUUGCUCAAAUAGGGGCACUUAAUUCCCAUAAAAUGAUCCACAUGGAGAUGGGACCAUAUAAAUACAUGUAGUGUGGAGAAAGCUUUAACAAUUACAAAACAUUUACUCAUGAAAGAAUCCACACAGAAAUUCCAUAUUAAUGGAGGGUGGAAAUAAUUUUACUGGGUAAGAACAGCUUACUCGUCACAUGAAAGGGUCCAUGCUGGUAGGAAACCUUCCAAAUGGACAAAGUGGAAGGCCUCCAGUAGACUCUUAUCUAACUCACCAUUAGAGGAUCCACACAGGAGAGAAAUCAUGUAAAUGUAAGGUGUGUAGAAAAAGCUUUCCUUGGGAAGGACACCAUAAUUCUCAUAAAAGAAUGCCCAUAGAAGAAAUGAUAUAAAUCCACGGAAGGAGCUUCAGGACAACCUUUCUGGUCCCAAAUACUGGAAUUCAUUCAGAACAGCCAGGUGUUCCCUUUCCUAGUUUGACCUGCCUUUUUCUUCUCCCUGUAGAAAGAGGGAUGCAAAAUAGGAAUUAAGGCCUUCAGUUUCCUCCCUGUUGCCCAUCACCAUCCCACCAGUUUUUCCAACUGGAGGACUGAUAGCUUCCUUGACUUCCCUCUUAAUUGACUGGAAAAAAAAAACCCUAUAAAACAGAAAUGGAAUGUUCAUCAUCAUUCUAGUCGUUGUCUAUCCACUGUAGGAUGAAGGUCUGUUCCGCAUGUUUCCAAACCAAUAAUGGUCUUGAGAUUUGCUUUGCUAUUUGGGUCCGUAAUAGUUGCUGAUGUUGUGACUAUGUCUUGUCUCUCUUUUGUGAACACUUUUUAUUACGUGGAAUCCAUUCUAUGACUGCCUUUGUCCACUAGUGGUUCUUGCAUUUCCACUUCUAUUCUUUUACUCUUUAGAAGGCAUCAUAAAUUUUCGUUUGUCCUCUAGUCAGUGUCUUUCUAUCUUGUCUUGUGAGACCGAGCAUGUACCUGAAGUUGCAUACGUUUACCAAAUCUAGAAAGGAUUUCAAUCUGCAGAUGUUAGUUCCCACAAAAUAGUGUUCGUGUUUCUUCCUUUUCUUCUUUAGCUAAAGAAAUCUUGUCCUUUCAUUAUCUUCUGACCAAGAGAAGUUGAAGGAGUGAGAUCAGCCCCAGAAAGACCACCUCCUUUUGAGCAGUUGCCAACACAAUUAUUCUUCACCAAUAGAGUUUGGAGUAGAAACUUUAUAUUCUUGGAACCUUAUUAAUAAACUCUUAUGGCAUGUGA